AUGAAGGUAGCCAGGGGCCUCGUCCCAUCGGAGGGGGGCGCGCCUGGCGGGGCGGGGGCGGCGGGGCAGCAGAGGAAGGGCGCGCGCAUUCUGGCGGCUGAGACCUUCGCUCACAACGCCCCUCUGCCCGGCUACCUCGACCAUAUCCCCCGCCGCCAGGCCCUUGCCACCUCGUGUGGGCGCACGACGGUGACGAUCCGCUCGCAGUACCUGGGGCCGUACGACCUGCACAACGACAUCUACAACAUGACCUUCUACAACGGUUGCGCCUACAACGUCACCAGCCCGCUGCGCGUGUGGCAGUGCUUCAACUUCGGCAACGUGUGGGAGGGCAUCCUCGACAACCCCGCGCCCAACCCCACGCAGUACCAGCAAGGCGAGAUCUUUGUGCAGACCACGCCGGGGUACUGUGAGAUGCGCAUGAACCGCGGUGCUAGCGGCACUCUGCAGAUGCUCCCCGGGGAGACGGUGAACAUUGUGUAUGCGUACUUGUGGGACUUCCGGCCCUGCGUGCAGGAGCUGCGCUUCGGCAACGGCAACAGCUACUCCAUGACCAACACCACUGAGUGCACGCUUGCAGCUGUCAUUUAG